CAGCCGCGCCACCCGGAAGCCAUGGUUCAUACCAACCUUUCUUAUUGCCGGCGGCUCUAAGGAGCCCAUCAUGGCGACGCCCCCUAAACGGCGGGCGCUGGAAGCCACAGGGGAGAAAGUGCUGCGCUAUGAAGCCUUCAUCUCAGACGUGCUGCAGCGGGACCUGCAAAAGGUACUGGACCAUCGUGACAAGGUAUAUGAGCAGCUGUCCAAAUACCUUCAACUGAGAAAUGUCAUUGAGCGUCUCCAGGAAGCUAAGCAUUCGGAGUUAUAUAUGCAGGUGGAUUUGGGCUGUAACUUCUUCGUUGACACAGUUGUCCCAGACACUUCACGGAUCUACGUGGCCCUUGGAUAUGGUUUUUUCCUGGAGUUGACACUGGCAGAAGCUCUCAAAUUUAUUGAUCGUAAGAGCAAUCUCCUCACAGAGCUCAGCGACAGCCUCACCAAGGACUCGAUGAAUAUCAAAGCCCACAUCCACAUGUUGCUAGAGGGGCUUAGAGAACUACAAGGCCUGCAGAAUAUUCCAGAGGAGCCUCGCCUUUGACUUCUUCCCCCUUCUCCAGAUAUUAAAGAGACUGAAUGCCUUU